CUUUUGCAGCCUAGAAAGGCUGUUUUUCAGCCCAACCCUCCAAUGCAAUUCUGCAGCUGGCAUGGUGCACCAGGUGAAUGAUGCUGUGGACAGUGCCUGGGACCGGGAUAUUUCAGGUCAUGGACGUGGAUCCAAGGGGUUCAAUGAUGUUCGGAAGAUCUACGAGGCGGCGGCUGCACCAGAUGGACCGCAACCCACGACAAUCUUCCAAGGCAUCCACAAUCUCAGAGAUGAAGUGGCCCGAGGAAGACCCGAGGGUCCCACGCAGACAAUGGUUCUGCAACGGAAAUUCUCAGACAAUUUCUUUGGACGGAUUGCGAAGAACAAAUACUUCGAGGCAGCGACGAUCUGUAUAAUAGUUCUCAAUGCCCUAGCUAUUGGCGUGGAUGCGGACUAUUCCGCAAGGUUUGAGACGCCGGCAAACCUUUACGAAGGUCCUGUAUACUUCAUCAUCACAGAAACAUUCUUCGCCUCGUACUUCACGAUUGAGAUUCUCAUUCGAUUCCUGGCGUACAGGCAGAAGUGCCAAUGUCUCCGGGACAGAUGGUUUGUUUUUGACGCCAUGUUGGUCUGUUUGAUGGUCUGGGAGACGUGGAUCAUGCCCUUUCUUGGCGGUCUGCAAGGCCUUGGCCAACUGAGCAUCCUGAGGUUGCUGCGGUUGUUGCGCAUUACUCGGAUGGCCAAGUUGAUGCGAGCAUUUCCGCAGCUGCUAAUGAUUCUCAAAGGUAUCACUGCAGCGGCCAGAGCAGUCGGAUGGACAGCAAUUUUACUGGUGAUCAUCAGCUUUACAUGGUCGAUUCUCUUCACCAAUGAAUAUCAUCAAGGCUAUCUGACUGAUGAUGAGUUGGGUGCACUGGAUGCUGCAGAUCCUCGCAAGAUCCACGAAUAUUUCGGUAGCAUGGACAAGAGCAUGCUCACGCUGCUGAUCAUGGGCACGAUAUUGGACGACGUGACUGAAUGCUCCGAUAUCAUCAGAGCACAGGACAACUACUGGAUGCUGACUGCAUUUAUUUGCUACAUUGUCCUGAACUCCUUCAUGAUGCUCAACAUGCUUGUGGGUAUCCUUGUUGAGGUGGUUGGCAGCACUUCGGAGGCCGAAAGCCACCGUGCUUCCAAGGAACAGGCAACCGAAGCCAUCAUGACCAUUUUCACCUCCAUGGAUUCGGACGGAAGUGGUUUGAUUACGAAAGAUGAGUUCGCGAACAUGAAAUAUGAUUCGGAUGUCAUGGCAGCGUUGCUUGACCUCGGAAUCAAGGACAAACAGUUUGACAUGUAUGUGCAGCUGCUCUACAAUCCGCUGGGUCUACCAGAUUCUGAUGAUGCCCAACAAGGUCUUCUGCUUCAGCUUGAAGUGAUCAGGACGCUGGCUUUCUACGGAGCUUGGUACAAGAAACAGCCUUGGAUCGGCCCUGCCUCACUGAGGGCCCAUGUGCAGUUCGCGGUGAUUGAACCCGGACAUCGGCAGCUCUACGAGGCGGGCAGUACUAGUGCCGGGCAUUCUUAUGUGAUGGUUUUUGAAGGUGCAUGGACCGCAUGGACGACUAGAGAUAUCCGGAAAAGCCUUCUGCAGCUGCCACUGCAUAAAACUCGUGCAACCUUCACUGGAUCGAGCCGAAACGACCUGGAGAUUGAUCAGACUGCAAAGGAGCCAAGGCGGAGCGUGCAGGAUUUUUCCAGACGGUUGUCUGCGAUCGACAUUUGGCAGAACUUGCCUGAGAAGGUGGUGGAAGCUCCAGUGCUUGACCUGAGGCAACUUAUUGCGUUGCGUCAGCUUCAUGGGCCCUCAGCUCUUGCUGGGCAAUCCGCCAGCGAGCUGUAUCGAGCCGGAGUGUCUGCGCAGGACUUGAGGGAAGCCGGUUUCUCUCUCGGGGAGCUCAAAGAUUGUGGGUAUUCGGCCGAGCAGCUUUUGGAGGGUGGCUUCUCUAUCAAGGCACUGAUCAAUGUGGGCUUCACCACUGGACAGCUGCGAGACGCAGGUGUUAGUGCCAUUGGGUUGAGGAAAGCAGGCUUUUCGUUGCAAGACCUCAGGAGCUGUGGCUUUGCGGUGCAGAUCUUCGUGGAUGUUCUCUGUGUUCCUCUACCGCAGCUGUUGGAUCUUGGCUUCACUGCGGGCGAGCUUCGGACGGCCCAGAUUUCGGCCAAACGCUUGAGACAGGCGGGCUUGAGUGCCAAGGAGCUGAAGGAUGCGGGCUUUUCCGCAGAUGCAUUGCAACGUGCUGGAGUGGCAUUGCGAGAGCUUUGGAAGUUGGGCUUUACGCUCUAUGAGCUCAGAAAAGCAGGCUUUGAUGCCAAGAGUCUUGGGAAGUUCGGACUCACCCUGGAAGACUUCCGAAAUGCUGGCUUCACGGUCAAGGAGCUGCGUGCUGCUGGGCGCAGCGCGGCUGAGCUCCGCCGAGCAGGUGUGGCAGUGGCAGAGCUGCGGCCGUUUGGCCUAGAGAUGCUGAAGAGUAUUGGCGUCAGUGCCAGAGAGCUGAGGACUGCAGGCUUCACAGCGUGGUCCAUGAGCAAAGCAGGUUUUUCCAUGCGCUUAUUGAAAGAGGCCGGUUUUUGCAUCAAGGACUUCAGAGAUGCUGGAUUCUCUGCAUGGGGUUUGCGAAACUGUGGCUUCCAACUGCGUGAGUUGUAUCAUGCUGGCUACUCUGAAGCAGCGCUGAGGGAUGCGGGAUUCCAAUUUGCUGACCUUUCGGGCUUGGGCAGCUCUGCCAAGGCUCUCCGAGAUUUCGGGUACUUGGCUGAGGAUCUGCUCAAAGGCGGCUUUGCCCUUCAAGAUCUCAGGACUGCCGGCUUUUCCUGCAGCGAUUUGGCUUGUGCAUCGCAGCUUGACCUCAGUGAUGCUGGGUUCACUGUGCUGCAACUCCGCAAAGCAGGAUUUCAAGCUGCAGAGCUGUGCUUGUCCUUUUCUCUGCGGGAGCUCCGUGACGCUGGCGUCUCAGCAAAGGAGCUCAAAAUGUCGGCUGAUGAGAUGAAAGAAGCUGGCUAUUCCUCUUGGGAGCUCAAACUUGCCGGCUUCUCUGCCACAGAGCUAGACGAGGCCGGCUUCUCAUCCCGGGAGAUCAGAGCUGCAGGAAAAACCUUUCGAUCUGUUCUGGGGCUGCAGGAUCUCCUUAUGAGCGGUGCCCGCUUUGUUCUGGCACCUUUGGUCGAUGUACCGACCCAUCCAAUCGGUGGAGGUCGUCCAGACAGGUACCGCCUGCAUUCAAUGGCUGCUCUGCUAAAUCUCGAAGAUCUGUUAGAGGCCACCGAGCAAACUGAUGGCUUGGUAAAGUAUGUAGCAAAGCACCGAGUGGUGGGUCGUGCAAAGAUCCAACGGCUGCUCAACCCCUCGGCGCUCUUUGACCUCAACGAAAAGCAGGAGAAGGUUCAAUAUUUACAGGCGGAAGCAGACAUUCUGCCUGAAGAAGACCCUACGGAGCCUUUGGAAGAAGGGACUGCAGAAGCGUUGGCCGAUGCCUGGAACACCUUGCGAUCCCUCUCCGAGCAGCUUGCGGAGCCCAGUUUUGAACCGGGCUUUGGUGAUGCUGCGACUCUGCUGCGCUGUCCUGCCUGGCGACUGGCAGAGAGUUGGUACAGGCUUUGCACCAAAGUCCAGGCACAUCGAGAGCGUGCACGCGUGGGGACAGCUGUGAACGCGUGGCUGAAGGCAGAAAAGGAGAAAGGUAAUGGCCUAGCGGCGGCGGAAGCGUUGCAACAAAUGCCUCCGCAGCUAUUGGAGGUGGUCACCCGCUUAAACAGCCCAACGGGGCCAAAGUUUGAGGCCCAGUUCUUCGAGCCCUUCUUGAGGCUGUUGGGUGCAAGCCGUGAAGCCAGAGACCAGCGACUGGUGGACAUGGCGAAGGAAGAAGUGAAUUUGAUGCCGCUUAUGCAGCUUGUAACUAUUGUCCAAGUGUUUGUGCUGCAGAGCGGUCGGCUGAGGCCAGGGGCUGCUGUGAACCUGCUGGACUGGUCCACGUUCAAAACCAGCGUCCUGAAAAGUGAAGACGAGCUUCAGGAACGUGUCCGGAAGCUUUACAAGCUUUUUCGGAAGAGACGACGCUCCGGGAGACUGCAAGAAGCUGUUGAGGGCUGGCUGAGUGAGGGCAUGGACAAGCCGAAGUGGAAGAUCAACUUCCAGAUGAUCUCGCAGUUGGAACAAACAUCCAGCAGUGAGAUCAUUGCUGAGCUCCAACGCCGCCUAGGCGUGCCUGAUGAGAUUCCAGUUUCGAUGAUGGAUCAGGAGCUGUGCAUGCUGCAAUCGUGCAAUCCACCAGUCAUCUCAGCCGAGAGGCAUAUUGAAUCAUUUUGGCAGGUAGAAACCAUGGAUUGUGUUGCCUAUCCUUGUCUGAUCUUGUCUGGUGUAGUGGCAUACUUUAAAAUGAAGUGA